CUGACCGGCGCCAUGGAGGGCCUGCUGCUGUGUCUUCUGCUACUCCUGGCCCACCUGGGCCGAGCUCAGGUGUGUCCCAAGCGCUGCAUGUGCCAGAACCUCUCCCCUUCGCUGGCCAUCCUGUGCACCAAGACGGGCCUCCUCUUUGUGCCCACCAUGAUCGACCGGCGCACGGUGGAGCUGCGCCUGACGGACAACUUCAUCACCGUCGUCCGCCGGAAGGACUUCUCCAACAUGACCAGCCUGGUGCACCUCACCCUCUCGCGCAACACCAUCAGCCAGGUCCUGCCUUACGCCUUCGCCGACCUGCGCAGCCUGCGGGCCCUGCACCUGGACAACAACCGGCUGCUGAUGAUCGGGGCCGAGCAGCUGAAGGGGCUGCCCAACCUGCGCCACCUCAUCCUCAGCAACAACCAGCUGCAGGGCAUCUCCCCCGUGGCCUUCGAUGACUUCGCCGGCACGCUGGAGGACCUGGACCUCUCCUACAACAACCUGGCGCGGGUCCCCUGGGACACCAUCCACCGCCUGCACAACGUCAACUCCCUCAGCCUGGACCACAACCUGAUCGACUUCGUGCCCGAGGGCGUCUUCUCCAACCUGCUCAAGCUGGCCCGCCUGGACAUGACCUCCAACAAGCUGAAGAAGAUCCCGCCGGACCCGCUCUUCCUGCGCAUCCCGGUCUACGCCAAGUCCAAGGGCUCCCCGCCCUCCUCCCUGGUGCUCAGCCUGGGCGGCAACCCCCUGCAUUGCAACUGCGAGCUGCUCUGGCUACGCCGGCUGGCCAGGGAGGACGACCUGGAGACCUGUGCCUCGCCGCCCGACCUGCUGGGCAAGUACUUCUGGACCAUCGCCGAAGAGGAGUUCAUCUGCGAGCCGCCGGUCAUCACGCGACACACGGGCCGCCUGGUGGUGACGGAGGGCGAGGGGGCGGUCCUCCGCUGCCGCGGGGCGGGGGACCCAGAGCCCUCCAUCCACUGGGUCUCCCCUGAGGGCAAAGUGGUGGCUAACACCUCACGGACCGUCUCCUACGACAACGGCACCCUGGAGAUCCUGAUUGCGGCCAUCCAGGACAGCGGCCUCUUCACCUGCAUCGCCUCCAACGCUGCCGGGGAGGCCACCACCUCCGUGGAGCUCGUGGUCAACCUGCUGCCGCUGCUCUCCAACAGCACCACCCCCAAGGUGCCCGAGGCCGUGGGGCCUUCGGACAUCCUCACCUCUGCCAUGGCCACCCUACCUCUGGGCGCCAACGACACGGGCGCCUCUCCGGAGAAGGGCGUGGUGGCCUCGGAGAUCUCCUCCUCCUCCGUCCUGAUCCGCUGGUACCCCCAGUGGCACAUCCCUGGCAUCCGCAUGUUCCAGAUCCAGUACAACAGCUCCUCGGAUGACACCCUGGUGUACAGGUGA